AUGGUCAAGCGACGUCUAGAGAACGAUCCUGAGACGUGCCACAAACGGCCCACGGCGUCCCCACUAACCAGACUGCCGGCCGAGCUCAAAAAUGCCAUCUGUGACCUCCUGCCCAAACGCGACAUUAGAGCCGUGUCUCUGGUGAGUCACGAUCUUCGCCACGCGGCGUGCGACAAGUUGUUUGGUGACUUUUACCUGAGCUGGGACUCCUUGGCCCCCACCAGAGACUACCUGGCUUCUGAUUCGUGCGGCAUAGCCGGAUAUAUCCACACUCUGCACAUCACCAAACAUUCGUCCUAUGCCGAGUGGCACUAUCCUGAGCUGCUGACGGAGUUUAUGUCGCUGUGUCCGCAGCUGUCCGACGUGACAAUGGUCAUUUCGGGCUCUUCUGCGUGGCUCAAGUACGUGGGAUGCGACCGAGUGACUAACAUGACUGUUAUAUCCGGUCAGGUGCAACGGCUCCAGACCUUCAACAACGUCAACGCGCCAGCAAAACAAAUCUCCUUUGACAUCGACCAUCUCGUGGGCUUUCCAGCUGUUAAGACACUUGCCCUUGAGGGCUUCACAGUCCAGAGAGACUCGAUUCUCAAUAAGGAUGGCGUCCAUGAGAUCAUUCCGCUGUCUAGAAUCUCGGCAGACAAGGAUGGAAGCACACCAGUGACGAGGCUGAGCCCGUCAAGAAACGAGACGGUGGCGGUCAAGAGACUGGUGUUGGAAAAUUGCAUUUGGCAGUAUCCUUAUGACGUUAAGGAUUUCGGCAGUAUUGAGGAGCUGGAGGUCAGGUUGAGUAAGGGAUACACGGUCUAUUCACGUGAGUAUAACUGGGCGUGCUAA